CCUCUUCACUCAAUGACUUUUGCAUUAAAAGCUGCUAAAGGUCAACUCUUCCUCACUGUCCCCAACUAACCCCUUUAUUUCUCUCUCCCCAUUUUACCCCGUAUUCAACCCAACGGGUCUUCAGAACCUUUUGACCCUUUAUCUCAUAUCAUAUUACUCUCUCUCCAACCGGUUUAUUCCGUAUACUGGACCCCACAUCACGGAUUUAGUCAACACCUUGACCAAAAUGCGCCAUGUGGAUAGUUAUUACUGGGAAGUAAGUUUGACGGCAGAUGCCAACAAACGACAGGUCAGCCAUUUUGAUUUCUUGAAAUUGCUAGAGAGCAUCGGUUUGACCCGAAUCCAAUAACUUCCCUCUUUUUUCUCAUCGUCAUUCAGCAUUCUUUCUUUUUACUCUUUUUUCCCCCCCUUCUUUUGCUUUCUUUCAUCAUCAUUUUUUCUUCACCUUGUUAAACAAGCCCUGCGUACAACUAUAAAGAUUCAAACUUACCCUUUUGCUAUUGCUAGUGCAUGGUGUUAAAAGAAAUGGCUGUGGAGCUUAUGACGGGUUAUGGUUGCGUUGACAGUUUUGCAGCAGCAACCCAGAUGGAAGAGAGUGCUGUACGAGAAGCUGCGUCUGCUGGUAUGCAAAGUAUCGGUGAGUUCAUAAGAUUAUUGUCUCGAAAUCAAGUCUCUGAACAACAUUUCCCAGAAACCUCAUCUUCUUCGAAACUUGAACCUGACAAAGAAAUCAAGGUUGCUGCCGAAAUGGCUGUAAACAAUUUUAAGAGAGUCAUUUCUUUACUGGAUCGACCGAGAACUGGCCACGCUAGAUUCAGAAGAGCACCUGUGACUCCUCCUCCCCCGGUUGUUCCUCAGAAAGAACACAAACAUGUUCUAGAACCAGGGCCAUCUGUUGUAUCUACUAAUCAUCAAGCAAACGAGCAAAUUUCUGCCUUUAAGGUCUAUUGUCCUACACCGAUUCAUCGUUUGCCACCUUUGCCUCAUAAUCACCACCCCCACCAGGUUCAUAAGAAUCCUUCUGUAGCGAUGACCAAGCCUUUGCAUACAGAAAGAAGUGAUGUGCCAACUACCAUCAAUUUUUCAUCUUCAACUUCUUUCAGAUCCUCGCUCACUGGUAAUACUGAUAGCAUACAGCCUUCGUUUUCUUCUGGAUUUCAAUUCACUACUCCUUCAUCAGUGGGUAAGCCACCUUUAUCUUCGUCUUCACUCAAAAGGAAGUGCAAUUCCAUGGAUGAUGCUGCUCUAAAGUGUGGUUUAUCUUCUGGCCGCUGCCAUUGCUCCAAGAAAAGAAAAUCAAGGGUUAAGAGAGUUGUUAGAGUCCCUGCAAUCAGCUCUAAGAUGGCCGAUAUUCCGCCUGAUGAUUUCUCCUGGAGAAAGUAUGGCCAGAAACCCAUCAAAGGCUCCCCUCAUCCAAGGGGAUAUUACAAGUGCAGUAGUGUUAGAGGAUGCCCAGCGCGUAAACAUGUAGAACGCGCACUUGACGAUCCAAUGAUGCUGAUUGUGACAUACGAAGGCGAUCACAAUCACUCUGUUUCAAUCCACGAUACCCCUGCUGCCAUGGUUCUGGAGUCAUCUUAGUCAACUCAUCAAACGCUCUGGAAACGACGUUUGAAUAUUAAAUCACACCCGUCCAAAAGUGGGAAAGUGGGGGUAGAUGAAGCAAUCAGAACCGUGUUCAGAAAGUCAACGAAGAUGCUGGGCUCUGUCUUCAAGAAAAGAGAUUGAUAGAUUAUUGCGACAACUGGCGCUUUUUAAAACAAAAUUGUGUAUUUUGUGGGAGUGGAAUCUCGCAAAUACAAUUAAUGUCUUUUUUUUUUUUUUUUUUUCUCCUUUUAUACAGUUAUUUUAUUUCUUAAUGUGCUUAUACUCAACUUAGAUCAGAUGGAAUUUUGUUUA